UGCGGCGCUCGCUGCGCGUUGUGCGGGGCCGGGCCCCUCGCGGCCGCCGUCGGGGGCGGGCCGGGCCGGGCCGGGCAGGAGCGGCCAUGGGGAACCUGUUCGGGCGGAAACGGCGGAGCCGCGUCACGGAGCAGGACCGGGCCGUGCUGCAACUGAAGCAGCAGCGGGACAAGCUCCGGCAGUACCAGAAGCGGCUGAGCCUGGGGCUGGAGCGGGAGCGGGCGCUGGCCCGGCAGCUGCUGCGGGACGGCAAGAAAGAGAAAGCCAUGCUCCUGCUGAAGAAGAAACGGUACCAGGAGCAGCUGCUGGAUAGAACAGAGAACCAGAUCAGCAACCUGGAGAGGAUGGUCCAGGACAUUGAAUUCACCCAGAUUGAAAUGAAGGUCAUCGAGGGCCUGAAAAUCGGCAACGAGUGUCUGAACAAAAUGCACCAGGUGAUGUCCAUAGAAGAAGUGGAAAGGAUAAUAGGGGAGACCCAGGAUGCUGUGGAGUACCAGAGGCAAAUAGACGAGCUCCUGGCUGGCAGCCUGACUGAGGAGGAUGAAGAUGCCAUUCUAGAAGAAUUAAAUGCUAUUACUCAGGAACAGUUGGAGCUUCCCGAAGUUCCCUCGGAGCCGCUCCCAGAGAAGAUCCCAGAAGUGUCACCCAUCAAGAACAGGCCAAAGCCAGAGCUGGUGGCAGCAUCUUAACUCCCAGUGCUGGGGAUUCCCCCACCAAACUUUCACCCUGGACAGUUUGCCCUCCCAGGGUGUGCUGGGAGCAGGCAAUGCCUUGGCAGCAUCCCAGCUGUGCUGGGUGGAUUGUGGAGCAGGAUUCCCUGCACAGGGUGGGGAACCUCAGCUGAUUAUCGCUCUUGUAUCAAGAUUAUUUUCUAGUGCUUUCUUUUUUUGUAACUUAAAUUCCAGACUCACUCAGCUGCGCUGUCUCGGGAUUAAACAGCAACUCUAAAUCAUCCAAAGCCAAAUUUUUCUCUGUAGGUUUGAUUCUGGUGGUCAGUCUGCCUUUGCUCUGGCCAAACCCCUGGAAAUCCCAUGCUCAGGGUGAGCAUGUUUGUGCUGGGCUGGGGGAGCACCAGCCCUGUGCAGCACUCUGGUGUCCCUGUCCCUCUGUCCCUUCUCUCUCCUGGGGCCAUCUGUGCAGGGCUGGCCAUGUCCCUGUCCUGCUGCACUGGCUCGUGCAGAACCAGCCCCAGGGGUUUGGUUUGGGCCAGGCUCAGGCUGGCUGCUCAGCCCUGCUCUGAGCUGCUGUGGGCUGAGCAGCCGGGCACGGUUCAGCCCUGGCACGGAGCCCCACAGAGCUGGGCAGUCUGGGCUGGCAGAAAUCUCCUGCCAUGCCAGCAUGGAGCUCCUGGCAGUGUAGGAGCCAGCAUUCCUCCCUGGUGGGCUCUGCUGCAGCGUCAGAGUUCAGCUUUGCCUGGGAUGGAUCCCACGGACUCUGCUCCAGUGCUCCUGGACGUUGCCUCGGGGACUCGGACACGUUUCCUUGUGCUGCUCUGGACUCGGGGCCUGAAGCUCCAGAAAUCACCACUCCAAAGUGCUCUGGGAGCAGCUGCAGGGAGCCCCAAGCCCUCUGAGGACUCACUGGGAUGCUGAAGGCUCUGGAACGCUGCUGACAGCCAGGUGGUGGCAGAUUUGGCUGCUCUUGGAACGAGUUCACCUGCCAGCUUGCAGAUGCUCUUCAGGACACUGCAGAUCUUUAUUUAUUAUGUUCUUGAAGCCACAGCCUUUAAUCUGCAUUUCUGCGACAGCAGAAGGACCAGAGGGUCUGGAGACUUUGUGGGGCUGUUGUUGGGGUUGUGGGAUCUGGUGCUAGACAAAAAGUGAUCCCAGGGACUGGGCCAGCAGCAGCUCUGGGUGGAGUCCUGCUCUCCAUGUUGUGUUCCAAAGACUGGCCAGGGCAUCCUCAUCCUCCUCAUGUGUCCCCAAGGCAGUGGGUGCCUUGGAGCCACCCCAUUCCCAGUCCCUCUGCUGUGUCCUCACUAAUGUUCCCUACCAACCCAACAGUCCCUGCCCUGUGUUUGACACCAGCACGGUGCUGGCAGAGCAGCUGCUGCCUCUGGAGCUGGCCAGGGCAGUGGAUGGUCCCAGAGCCGUGGCUCUGGUCACCCCGGCUGCUGUGGGGACAGCCAGCUGCUGCUCCCAGCCCUCCCAGGCCAGGGUCCUGCAGUGCUCCCGGUGGUUCAUUCUGUCUGCUCAGUGCCGGCUGUGCUGCAACGCAGCCCGUUCCCAGCAGAGAGAGCCUUGGCUUCACCAGUGCCGUGCUGGCAGGAGCAUUCCGUUCCUUUUCCUUCAGGCUCCUUCAGCCCGGUGCCAGCGGGUGCUGGGCUGUUUAGCGUGGCCCUGGUUCAUGUGCGGGGCACUCCCGGGAGGCUCUGGAAAGGAUCUGUCCUGGGAGAGCAGCUUCCAUUGCAGGUGCUUCGGGAACACCGUGUUCCCUGGGACUGGCAUGGCCACGGGAGAGGCCCGAGGAGGGUGUGCUGCGGUCCCUCUGCUCUGGUUUCCUCUCUGAUGAACAGGAGGGAUGAGCCAGCCCUCCCAGGGACUCUGCCAGGGCCGGGCCGGGUGCUGGUGGCUGCACUCCUGGGUGUGAGAGGGAGCAGGGCUGGUGCUGAAGGGGUUAAUGCAGCUCCUUCCAUUGGCUGCCACACUGGAGGGGCCAUUACUGAUCCAGCAGGAAAGUUUGGAGCAGAUUGGCCGCAGCUUCCUCUGCUGCUCCCUGCCCCAGCAGCUCCUGCCGGGUCUCCUCCUCGGGAGGAAGGGCCGGGGGCAGGCUGUGACCUCUGUCUGUGCUGUGACAAUAAACUGCUGUGACAAUAAACUGCUGUGACAA